CCAGAUUGCUGGUUGGAAGCUCACAGCUCCUGGGACCCUCAGAACUUCUGGCUGUUUCACCCAUGUAGUGUGUGGAAUGUCAGUUGCCAAAUCUGGCCCAACAUUAGCAAAAAAUGUAUUAAAACUGUUCACAACUUGGUUCAAGUCAUAUUCAUCUUUAUUAUUAUAAGUAAAGUAUGUUGGGCAGUUCUUUGCUUUGGGUUGAUUUGUUAAAAUACUAUUAGUGAGGCAGCUUAAGUCAAUAUAACAUAAGAAUCUUUGACUUGAUGAUACAAGCACCAAAUUUGGUACAUAAGUACUUCACGACCUACUCUCUUAGAAAAGGUCACUAUCCAGGUGAAAAAACAAAAUGGCCGACAUUUUUCAAGAUGGCCACCACGUUAAAGGUGAAAAAGGGUGUUUUCAGCUCAGAAUGUCAAGGAAUCAAAACAUCUGAGUAAUGCAAAUAUCAAAAUGUAUGCAUUCUGACCAGGAGAACUUAAUAGUAUCAAUGUCAUUCCAAAAUGGCCACCAUUUUUAAAAAUGGCAGCCAUAGACCAAGCGCAUGAACAGGCCAAUGCAGUUGUCAAAGGUGAUGGUGGUGCCACUGGAAUUACAGAGGACCCAUCUGCACUAACACGAUGGAUGGUGUCUGGACCAGAAGUGAGCCAGUUAGUCAAUCAGUAUGAGUUGGCAUCUCAGGCAAAAGUAGCAAAUGAAGAUAUCAGGCAUCAUGAACAGACCAGUCAGUCCCAGAAAUUGUUCACUAACAAGGUCUAGAAGUUGUUUGGUGUGAUGAAGGAUUUGUGCAAUCCCUUCCAAGAAGAAUCCAAUGACCUGCUCACACUAGACACAAAAUUGAUUGCACAUGCAAGUGCUGCUGUACUUGUAGCAACUCAUUUUGAGAAAGGUCAAGUAGCCUUCAGAGACUUUUUCAAUGGUAUGGAUGAUGAGACUUCCUUCUUCUAUAAGUCAAUCAAAAAGAACAAAGUUGAUUUCUUUCACCAAGAGGCAGCGACAUCUUCCAGUGACAUAAAGAAGCAGGUGCUCAAAGAUGACUGCCGUCUGUUCUCGCAGCUCUUUAUUUCUUGUCAGUCACGAGAGUCUGAUCUCUCAGAAUUCUUCCAUCAUGAAAAUCAGUCUUUUCCUGCAGCACUGAGUGACUCAGGGAAACUCCACACUGGUCAGAAGUCACAACUUGCCAACAUUCUGGAAGCUAUCAUUGUUCCUCCUGACACACAACCAGACUGUGAAUGCAUUGAUGGGUCUUCUCUUGUGUAUUCUUUGUCUCCAAAGGCAUCCAAAACCAUUGAAGAAUAUGCCAUCCAAGAUGUUGUUCCCAAAAUUCAAACAUACUCAUCAAAAUAUGAGAGGACAGACAUAGUUGUUGAUGUUUACUGGACUUCAAGCUUAAAGGCUGAGACAAGGUCAAGAAGGGGUAAAGGAGAUCGACGUAGGGUGACUGACAAAACCAAGCUUCCACCUAACUGGAAACAUUUUCUGCGAGACAAUGACAACAAGACUGAGCUUUUUGAAUUCCUGGCUGACAAGAUAGUAUCCCUGUGUGCUGAAAAUGUUGUAAUUGUGACCAAAGGCAAAGAGGCUCUGUCCAACAAACCCAUCAGUCUGGAGAGCUUGAGCCCAUGCAACCAUGAAGAAGCUGACACCAGAAUCUUCACACAUGCUCUUGAUGCAGCCAAGCAAAAGGCAAAAUCUGUGUUAGUUAAGGCAAGUGAUACAGAUAUUCUUGUUGUUGCAGUCAGCAAUUUUGCAACUCUCCAGGAUGUAGGAUUGGAAAUGCUGUGGAUUGAGUUUGGCCAUGGUCAUUCCAUCAGGUGGUUGCCAGUCCAUGACACUGUGUUGAAUCUUGGCCCAGAGAAGUCCAAUGGUAUGCUGUUCUUCCAUGCCUUCACUGGCUGCGAUGUUGUAUCAUCUUUCCAUGGCAAAAGCAAGAAAACAGCAUGGCAAGCAUGGGACUUUUGUCCUGAAGUGACCCAUGUCUUCAAUAAGCUCAGUAAAUAUCCAGCAGUCAUAGAAGAUGUUGACUUGAACAUUCUUGAGAAAUUUGUCAUCAUUAUGUAUGACAAGAACAGCACUGCAAACAAGGUUGAUGAGGCAAGACUGGACUUGUUUGCUCGGAAACAGAGACCGUAUGAUGCCAUUCCAUCGACAAGUGCAUCCCUCUUCGAGCAUGUAAAACGGUCUGUCUUCCAAGCUGCCUAUAUAUGGGGCCAGGCUACUGUGUGUGAAAUGCAAAUUGAAAGCCCCGCCAACUGGGGUUGAAUAAAAGAUGGUGAGAUCUGGAAAGUUCUGUGGUCAAAGCUUCCUGCAAUUGCAGAGAGUUGCCAGCAACUGACAAAAUGUGGAUGCAAGACUGACUGCCGAGGAAGAUGCAAAUGCUAUCACUUCAGCCUCAAGUGUACACAGUUAUGUUCCUGCAAAUGUGAUGACUGAAAAGAACUUAUGCAAACUGUACAUCAACAGAGACUUUGUUUCAUACCAAAGCAACAAACGUAAUCAUUGGUGUUAUGUUUUUGGAAAUUUAGCAGAUUGCAAACAUCAUUGAACGAGUGUUCAUUUACAUAAUUUACAUAAAAUUACCUGAUUUUUCAAUAUUUUUUGUUUUUUUUGACUGCAUAAUUGGAUUUUCUAGGCUCCAAAUCAUAUAUUUCCAUUGCUACAUCUUCCAGAUAUGGUUAUUCAAUUAAACUAUAGGUAAAACAAGCUUAAAAACCAGUUCGAUUGGCAGCCAUCUUGGAAAAUGGUGGCCUUUUUUUUUACCUGGAUAGCGACCUUUUCUAAGAGAGUAGGUCCUGA